ACUCACAAAAGUAGAGAAACAAAAGAUCGAUAUGGCCAAAUCAAAUUACUCGGUUAAUGUAGUGGCAUUCUUCCUCGUUUUCACCCUUCUUAUAAGCAAUGACAUCGCAAUAGUAAAGGGUGACAAUCAUGCUGAUGAAUCCGAAACACCACUUGAGUUUCCUAGAAAGCUAUUAGAAGCCAUUCAUCACUGUGGAUGGUGGACGCAUACUCACUUUGGCAGAGCAAGAUGCUUGUCUUUCUUUGGUAAUAGAAGGUGUCGCGCAAGCUGCAGGAGUUCUGGAGCAGUUACCGGGGAGUGCAAAUGGCGUGCACUAGGUUGCUCAUGUUACUUUGGGCGUUGUUGAUCUUAUUUGUCCUUAAAACAAAGUAUGUAAUAUA